UGCAUAACAAUGAAAAAUAUAAGCCAUAAUAAGUACUAAGAAGUAUUUCUAAGCAGUUUUAAAACCACAUAGAAGUCUGUAAAGUGUCAAGACCACAAUCAAAAUCUCAUCCAAUAACCCCUUGUCCAGAUUAUAUCUAGAGUAAAGCUGACACAUAUUUUUGAAAAGAACAUUCAGUUGUGACCAUCUGACUCAAGUGUCUCUUACACAAGCAUCCACAGAUAGAAUUCUGCCAUGAUGUACUGUACUUUAUGAUGUGCCCAAUAAAAGAGAACAUGAUUUGAACUGGAAAUAAAUUUAAUAACUUUCCCCCAAUACUAUAAAAUUAUGUUAUGCAUGAGUGGAGAGUUUCGCACAUACAAUGUACAGGCAUUAAGAAAUGUAUAAUGUUUAUUAAUUUGUGUUUCAAAUCACCUUGGUAAAAUGAGACAUUUGUAGUUUAUCAUUACACCAAUCUUGAGUUCAGUUUUAAUUUGCACCUACUAAUAAUAACUUUACUGCAUUAGUCAUCUUUUCCAUGGUUCAUGGUAGCAGGAUCGUAAUUCUCAUACCCCAGUAAGGUUUUCUUGGUUAAUUCGUAUUCCGUACAUGGGGGUAUUUUGAAAUGUUUGUUGUGUAUGUUAGUAUUUGAAUAAUUUUUAUUUAGAAAGUGUAAUAAUUUUUUGUAGUAAGUUGAUAUUAGUCCGUGCAUGUGCCGCACAGAUGGCAGCAAUAAUUACUAUGAGCAAUUCCAUGGGAGUUAAAAGUUGAGUGAGGUGUUAGCCAUAAUAAUUUCCAGAGAUUAUCUAGAUUUGAAAAUCCGAGAUGAUUUUUGAUGGUUAUAACCUGAAGCCAAUUCGAAUUCGGAAGUUCGUUGGUAACUUAGUUUUUACUUGUAUAACCAUUGUUUUAUUUUUGUAUUUGAGAAAAAUAAAUUAUCACAGUAUACCUUUUAUCCACAUUUAUGAUUUAUUUAUUCCUAAUAAAACGACUAGAUACAAUAUGUAAACGUCGCUGGAUGAAGAGCAUCUUAGGCAGUCACUGGAUGACAGGUUUGCCACAUGUAUGGGUACUGGACAGUGUGAAAUUACUCAAGAACUGAAAUUCUAACUGUUAGGGUCAGAAUUCGUGAAGUGUAAUUUUGGACAUGUUAAGCUGUGAACUUAAAUAAGAAUUCCAAUGAGUGGUUACAACUAUAAUAGCAGGAGGAGUAAGCGAAGAGGAGAUUCUGGGUCACAAAGGGGUAGAAGUGGUCAGAAUUCAAGUUACUGGCAAGACAGUCACUAUGAACCAUUUAAUACAUAUAAUCAAUACCAGUUCCCUCAGUUAGUAUUUCCGCACCAGUGGAAUCAUGUUUCUUGGGAUAAUCAAAAUAAUUACAGUGACACAUAUAGAAGAGAACCCAUUCCUCAGAAUCAGCAUCUUCCAAGACACACAUUCAAUUCUGGUCAAGGUCACACCAGAACUUCUGGUCAUGCUUCAUCUCAUAAGGGGAAAUCUUCAUGGUCAGACCCUAGAAACCGACAUAACCAAAAACGGCAUUCAUCACCAUCAUCUUCUAGAAAUCAGUCCUCUUCACAGCGGAAAGUUACAAGCCCACCUCUAGGAUCUGAGGAGGCUCGAAAGAAAACUCUUGCCAAGGCCAGAGACAAAAUAAAGAGCUAUUUGCUUUCAUUCAAGGAUAAAAAACCUGAGGGCUUAGAAAACCUUCUCUCCAAUGAAAGACAACAAAAAAGAACAGAAUCUACCAGAGCCAGCCCACUGAGGUUAAAUAAACCGGAUUGUUCUGAGCUUCAGUUAACACCGAGUGAUUUAAAAGUAAUUGGAAUGGUCAACACAUCUGGAGCUCGUACCUCAUUAGAAUUGGCUCUAAUGGGAAAUCAAUCUGUUGAAACCAUUUCCACAAAUGAAUUGAAAGAUUCAUCAAGUAGGACAGAAAUAGCAGCUCAAAGUUCAGAUGAUUCUGAGAAAGAAUUGGUUUCCAAUUUUGGAUGUAAUACAUUUAAUGCUCCUGACAUAAAAUUGCUAGGCAAUGAAGAAAGGUUCAGUAUGUCUAGCAGCCUUGAAGGAAGGGAAAUGGGAUUGAGAGAUUCUUACAAACAAGCAGAACGAGGACCUCCUUCAACCUAUAAGUGCAGCAGAUUUACUUCUGGAUCAAGUAGUCCAAGACAACUGGCAUCUAGUGAAGUUGAGACAUCAAGCUCUUAUCCAUGUGCCCAAUCCAGCAUGUCAAAUCCAGCAGACAAUUCUGACCAGUCCAGGGAUGGCACAAACUCAAGGAGCUCCUGUGAACAUCCAUCCGGUAGCAGUGAACGUGAACCGAAAAGAUCUCUUAAAAAUUUAAAACAGCGUAUCAUCCAGCAAUUUUUAAAAAUGGGAAAGAAUAAUUUGAAGGACCUGAUAAAUAAUCCUAGAUCCCGAAAAUUUGAAUUUGCAAUGAAUCAUCUGAUGAAAGAGCAUCGACUGCUGUUGUCUAGGGAGCUAAGGACACUGGCUCAGUCAAGAAUUAGAGGCCAAGAUGUAGAAAAUCAAGAACAUGGUGAUCCAUUAUGUGACACAAAUUCUAUGUUAGAUACUGACAUUGCAAUCAACUUCUCUCACCUUCCUCAGGAAGUUAUUGAGCAGCUUGGAAAUCUCUUGCAAUUGAAUCUGUUGGAUAAUGCAGAAUCCAUAGAUUUUCAGCCCAUAACUGUUGAAGAUGAAAAUAGUGUUCAUGAUUUGCAGAAUAUUCAAGCUCUACAAGUUGCUUUACUUUCAGAAGAAGAUAUAAAAAGAGAAGUUAUAGAAAGUGAAAAGAAACCAGUGGUUGCAACAGAAGUUAUUGGCAAUGCAGUGAAUGAAAGUGUAACAGAAAAAGACUUGGUAGAAGGACAGCUUGGCUCAACAUCAGAUUUUCAGCAGAACUGGUCAGCAAUGGAUUCAGGAACAGGGCAGAUCGAGGAUUCACUGAGGAGGCCAAUGGAAUAUGAACAAAAAAUAAUAAUUGAAGAAGGUGGAGCAGUGAAGAAGCCUAGAGCGGAAUCCAAUACGUGGCCAGGUUACAUACCAUUGGGAAAAGGAUUCAUGAACAGAAGUGGUGAAUUUGGAAAUCUAUUUUCUGGUUGCUUCGACACGAGAUCUACUGCAUCUGAAGCUGUAGAUGGGCAGAAGAAUGUGAAAGAUGUUCCAUGCACCAAAGAAAUUGAUGGAGAAGUAGUGAUGCAUCCUCAAGCAGAUUCAGAUCAGAUAUCUGCUAGAACAUUUGACAAAGUAAUGAGUCCAAAUUUAGCACAUAUAAGAGCAACAGAUGAGAUGGUUGAUUGCAACUCUUCCUUGCAGACAAAUGUGAUGCCCAGUGAAGUUUUGGACACUGAGUUGGGUGAAGAUUCUAAUAAAUUUGAAAAUAAUUCCCUGAUAAAAAAGUCUCGUUCAGAAAGACUUGCCAAUGAUUGUUUGACCAACACUGACAAAAGAGUAGAAUCUUGCGGUGAGGAUAACUGGAAUGAUGAUUCUCAUGAAGAAGGAUUUGAUAGCUCUCACCAUACAUCUGAUGACAUUGGUACUAAUUUCCCUGCAUCUGCAAAUGUCAUUCAAGCUAAAGACUUGUUAAAAGAUUUGGCAGAUGCACAGGAACCUUCACAAUGUUCUUUAGUUGCCGAUGGACGUGGUAGAUGCUCUGCAAAUUCUGAUGGAUCCUUGACAGAUAAUGGAGAACUAUUGAAAGGGUCUACAGUUGCUGAUAAACCUAUAGAAGGCUCUAGUGAAUGUACAGGUGCAUUAUUUAAAGAUAGUGAUGUUAUUAAUGUGAAUACUUUGUUAAGAAAGGUCAGUGAAGAAAUGGAUAUUUCAACUGAAGAUCCUGGUCCUAGAGAAACUGAAACUAAAGAUGGAGAUUUUGAAGAAUUGAACUCUGUCACAACUAGACUACCUGAUAACCUGCAGAUAAAUUUGAAUACUUAUGGCUGUGAUGAGAACUCACAAUUAGAUAUAAAUGAAGGCAGUAGCUAUAAUGUUGAAGACACAAAAGUCAACAUGGAAACAAACCAAGAAUUUAUUACAUCUGAAAAACAGAAUGAAGAAGUUGCAGUGACUGAUCCACACAGUGAAGCAAUGGAUGGAAGCUUCGUUCUCACUGGUAAUGAUACAGAAAAUAUAAAUGUUAAUGAGAGCAUUAAAACACACAGAAAUAGUAGUCAAUCUGCUAGUGCAUCUAAUGAAAUUCACAUUUCUCCUUCCAAAUAUAUGCAAGCAGAAAAUAUCGGUGUUGAUGACCUGUGUGAUGACAAAAAUGAUCUGCCUGUUGCAGAAUACAUAGCAAAUACUACUGUAGAUAAAAUCCAUGUUGAUAAUUCUGCUGAUAAUUAUAAGGUAGUUGUGAAUGUCAGACCAGUCUCUGAGAAAACUGAAGAGAAGAAUGGAAAUAGUUUCAUCGCAGUGAAGAGUAUUAUACCAGAGGUAGAUGACUCUAGAGGAACUGAUAGUCUUACUGCUGAAGCACGUCAGUCAUCCAUUAAUUACGCUGCGGCCAAAUAUGAAACCUGUAAUGAGAAUAUACAAACUUUACCUUAUAAUGUGGUUAAGAUUGAGAAAUGUGACAGUGCUGGUGAGGAUGGGACUUCAUUAUUUGAAGAAGAACUACAAUGUAAAAAUUGUAUGGAUGCACCCGGAGUUCCAGAACCCCAACGUCUUUGUAGCUCAGCUGAGACUCAGACAUCGUUCCUUUGUAACCCAUUUCAGGAAGUGACUAGAGUAGAAAUAAGCACACAGACUCAGCCCCCUGAGGAGUUUGAUUCUGAUGAUAUUCAGAGAAUGUUACAACUUCUAGAAAAGUCAAGUCAACUCUCACCAGAACUAGCAGAAUUACUGACAGAUCAUUUUUCGUCGAGGAAGGCAACCAAAGAGAAUGAAUCGCCAGAAUUGUCAAGGAGUGUUAAUGCUGAAAAAGAUUGUGCAACGUCUGCCUCAAAGCACAAAGCACAAUGUUUAAUUCAUCCUCUCAACUCAACAGUUUCACCAAGUCCUCCCAUUUCUGUUUCUGAGAAUCAUGACGUGGAUUCAACUGUACAAACUACAUCUUUGCCACACACUUCAGAUCUUUCAUGUCCUCUCGAUGGGAUGGAACCCAGUUUUAGGGGACCCUCCUUACAUGGUAAAGAGGGAAGGAUGAGUACCACAAAGCAAAUAAGACCGACUAAGCAAGAUGACACAAGCACAGGAUUAAACAUAGUGCAGAAAGUAAGAGUGGCUAGCAAAGAAACUGAAUGCUCAGCUGGUGUUAGUAGCGUUGAUGCAACAGACACAAGUAGCUCUUGUGCAGCCACUGGCAAAAUUGCUGAUAUUGAUGGUGGUCCGAGUGGUGAUAGCAUGGACACAAGGAGAGAUUUUCAAGGAACUGCAGUGGGGUCAAGCAGCAAAAUUGUGUUCCUGAAAAUGUUAGAAAUAGACAAAGAAAUCCAGAAAUUGAUGGAAGUUAAAGUUGAAUUAUACAAGAAAUUGCACCCGAGUUUAGAAAUUGAUUUUCCUUGUACUGACAGAAAUAGCAGUCAUUCACCUAAAUCAAGAGGGUUGCAAUAUGCAAAUCCAACCACAGAAGCAUCAUCUGACACUGUUUGUAACAGAGUAAUGUUAAGCAGUAAUCAUAACACACAGCAAAUGCAUAUGGGUUUACUAACAGUGAACAAUAAUGAUCCAACUGGCAGUUCAUUUACAAGUGACAGACUGACACCCACUUCAACCCCCAUGGUAAUGUUGCCAAUACAUUACGUUCUAGGAUCCUCAGCUGAGCUACAAAAUACUCACUUAUCUGUGCCAAGGCAGAAGCUAGGUGAAUGUUUGAAAACUUUCGACACUUCUGUUGUGGAGGCUGUGCUGAACAGUUUUAAUUUGCCGGAUUGUCGGAGUAGGGGAGGAGAUGCUGCUGUGGCUCAUUCUUCAGACCAUGAAAACCAAAAUAAGAUGUUAGGUGACGUUGGCGAAGCAACCCCUUUGAAAUCCAAAUCAGGUCAUUUGGAUGGCAACAAUGCUAACAAGGGUAGAAGGCAUUUGGCUCCUCAUUUUUCUACUCAUGAAGAAUCUCAUCAAUCUGAAACAAAUUCUUCACUUCCAGAAGCCGUGAGUCUGAAGAUACAAGUUUCAGAGCCAAAACUUAAUGUAAGCAGGCAGCGCUACUAUGGUAAGAAGAAGAAGAAGUCUCAUGUGCAGCAUAAAACUGGUAUUGCCACAAAUAAGAUGUCUUCUCGGUCAGUUGGUCAAGAGAACAGCGGCAUUGGAGGUAACUCAGAUGCCAUUGCAGGGAAACCUAUUCAGUCUGAUUCAUUAAUGCAGACUGGAGGAGACGAACUACAAAAUAGAAGACAAGCGUACAGUUGUGAAAGUAAACACCAGAAAGAAAAUUUAAGCAGGUGCAGAAGUACAAGGCACAAAGUAAAAAACAUGAACCAUGAGAAAGAAUCUUCACAGUCUGAUAGUAGUUCUGUGGUGCAAGAUAGAAAGGAGACACAUUCAUCAGUUAAAACUAAAGUUCCAACAAAAGACGAUAAACAGUCUGUAACUGAUUGUUCACCUUCAAGUAAAAGGCCAACAAGACAUUCCCAGAGAAUGUUUUGUCAGGCAGAUAAUUCAUUUUGUAGAAGCAGGAGGAACACAAGGAGUGGGUCUCAUAGUGAUGUGGAAGUUCAACUUCAAGAAGCGACAGAAAUAGUAAAGAACAGGGAAAGAACUCGGUCAUCCAAAGGAAGAAAUUCCAUAAGUCUUCAUGAAUCAGACAGUGAAUCUGACAGUGUAAGUACAGUUCCCUGUAAAAGGAAAGUUACAGAAAUUCUUGAUAGAAGUUCACAAGACGAACUGUCAAAACCUGCCACACAAAGCAGGAGCAGAAGAUCAUGUAUUAGAAUUGCUUCCAACUUUCAGGACAUGCAGCCAACUGUAAUGCAUGGAAAUGCAACUGAAAUGAGUACAAAAGUGAAGACGGUGAAAGUAGGGCAGACAGUCGAUGUUGAUGAAAGUGCUGUGUCUGCUAGGCAACUGAGAAGAAUCCAGAAUAGUAACAACCAUGAUACGUUUUUGUCUUCUGAAGUACUAAACUCUGGUUUGUCUUUUGAAAGUUUUCCCUCUUCAAGGAGUAGACGUCACGGUGGUGGUACACAAAAGAGGAGACCCGAUGAAUUAGAAGGUCCACCUAAUAAGGUUCAACGUCUUGGUCCAAAACUGGACCUACUGCAGUGGAAAUUACAGGACUGUUUUGUUAAGGUAAAACCAUUAGCUAUAGAAACAGUAGCUCACUCUCUGCCAUCUGAAGAACUUACUACAACAGACAGUGUCGGUGAUCAGAGAAUUCGAACGUUUUCAAGUUCUUCAGAUGAACUUUCUGUGGUAGAGUUUGUUGGAAAGCAUAAGAAAGAAAGAGACAGAAAAGAACAGGCUCAAGUAGAGGGCUCCAGUAAUGAACAAGAUCAUCUUGGAGGUAUUCCUGAUACUUUUAGUUGCCAGUCGCAACCAGCUGAUCUCCGUAUCAGACCAUGUGGAAACGAUCCUUCAAGUCCAGUUCAUUUAUCUCAUGAUCUUAUGCAGUCAGAUUUACCAAUACAAUUGCAGGGACAUUGUACUCUUCGUGAUGUAGUUACACAAGAUGAAAACAGUCUCUCAACUCUUUUGUCCGACGUAUUAUCUGUCACGAGUGAUGGAGACCAGUCUGCUGCCAAAAGGAGCGGGAAUGGUGAUGGAAGUGAAAGAGAUUUACAGCUGAUUGCAGAUGACAAAGAUGAGUGUGACCGAGAUUCAACCUGUUCAUAUGACACCCCUCAGGAGGGCCGAGAGGGAACAGAAUCCAAGCACAAGCUCUCCAAGAAACACAAGAAGGACCCUAAGCCAGAUGGUAUAGAGCGUUUAGUAUUUGAAUCACAUAAAGGGCCCAUCUUAGAUAUUAAAACUGUGGGCAGGCACAUGUUGGCUGCGUCUGAGGAUGGAAGUGUGUACUGCUACUCUCUGAAGAGUGGGAAGUUCAAGAGGAAAUACGAAGGCCAUAAUGCUGCUGUCACUUGUUUGUGUGUUAUUGAGUGCAGUAACAACGGUGUCAGCACUGAGUUGGAAGCUGCAAGUGAAGAACAAAUGGCACCUGACUUGUUUUUCACUGGUUCUCUCGAUAAACAUCUUCGGAAUUUUAGAUUCAAGACUGGAGAACUGGUUCAUAAUCCUGUGAAUGUUAGAAGUCCAAUCCAGUGCAUGGACCAGAACUGGGGAAUAGUAUUUAUUGGGACUCAGACUGGUGAAGUGGUACGGUUUAAUAUCAAGACGUCAUCCUUAAUUGGUGAACCUAUGAAAAUUGACAGGGAGUCAGUUUUAUCACUUCGAGCUACAAAGGAAGGUGCUCGUCAGGUUCUGAUAAUUGGAAGUCGAAAUAAGCCCAUUACGGUGAGGGAUGCAGCUACAGGAUUACUGUUACGUACCGUGUGCAACAGCUGGAGUCAUACCGUGUACAGUUCAGUUCUCAGCUCAGGUCUCGUGUACUUUGGCACCAAAACAGGCAUCAUACCAGUAGUUGAAUUUACGACUGGUGAUGAAGUGUGCAGAUUCAAGACGGCCUCGGGCGUUGUGUGCAUGAGGAUAUAUAACAACUUAUUGUUUGCUGGUUGCUAUGAUGGAAACAUAUACGUCUUCAGUAUUCAUGAUAAAAAACUAGUCACGUCUAUUCCAGGACCAGGAAAGAUGCUUUUAUGCAUGGAUAUUGUCAAAAACAGGAUUAUUGCAGGAAUCAAAGACAACAAUAAGCUAGAAGCGUGGGCGUUUCCACAAGAAUUACGGUGCCAUCUUAAGGAAGCAAAACACAGAUGAAAGGUGAAGUGUUAAUUUUCUACACAUUUGUUUGUCACUGUUCAUAUAUCUGGCAUAAAACCUUAAAUGUUGGUUUAUUUAUGUAAUUGGAGAACCAAAGAGUAUGAGGGGAAAAAAUAAUAUCAAAUUAAAAUAUAUUUUGUUAACAUUAUUAAAAAUGAAAUGAGGGAAGAAAAGACAGACACAGAUAGAAAAAAAUCUUAAUGGGAUAAUUGGGAAGACUGAAGAAGUGUGCAACAAAAGGUGACCUAUUCGUGGAAACAUCAGUAUAUUAUCAUCAUUUAUCUUUAACUUAUUUGCAUUUUGUCGCCAAAUUGUAACUUUCUUUUAGUUAUAGCUUAUGCAGGUAAAUCUUGAUAUACAAAGCUAGUACAUACUUGAUUUUAACCAUAAUUUCUUGUGAUUGGUAAGUUUUAGUAAAGACCAAGAAUAUGGAAUUUCAUACAAAUAUGUUCAUUUGUAUCAGUGUUACGCUUAUGGAUUGACAGAUAUGUAGACAAACAUGGAAAAGUUAAUGGGCAAUUUCGCAUCAUUACAAAUUAUGAUUACAAACCUUAACAUGUGUAUCAUGAUCAAUUCUUUGUAUAUUUGCUGAACUGAAUGCAAUUUAUACCCAUUUUAUAGGAUACCAGUACUUUCAAUUUCAGUGUUCUUUCCAGAUUUCAGUUGACUUACAGUUUCAAUUACUCAUAUGAAAUAAAAGUUUUCUCAGAUGUUUUCUCAUGACUUACGCUGUGUAGUGGUCAUUUACAGUCACUUGUAAUGUCUAAUUACGCAGACUUCAUGCUUUGUUUAAGAAAGAAAAGAUUUGCGCACAGAAAUUUUAGAAAUAUGUUCACCACUUGAGCAUGAAAGUAAAUGUCCUAUAAAUAUUCUUUGUCUUCACUUUAGGAUCCUGAAACUUUGAUGUCCAUUAAUUGUUCACAGGCAUUUUAGAGACACAUGUAGUUUCUUCAAGAAUCUCUCACUCACUUUGGAAUAAGGAACGCGCAUCUUUUUAGAUGCUGAAAUCAUGAUGUUUAAACAUGUAAUUGCAUAAUGUCUCAUGUUUGCAAGU